AUGACCGACGCACGGCCUAUUGUCGUGCAGACUAGCGCGAUCCCCUCGCCGCUCCUGAAAGAGGCGCACGAGCGGGGCGCUAUCCAGCUCAAGCUCUGGGAGCGCGACGAGUCGACGCCGGACGACGUCCAGAGCGCCAACCGCGAGUGGAUCCUGAACAAUGUGGCCGGAGCCAGCGCGCUCGUCGUGCUGCUCUCCAAUAAGGUCGACGCCGAGGUGCUCGACAAGGCGGGCUCCUCGCUCAAGGUCGUGUCGACGAUGAGCGUCGGAUACGACCACGUUGACGUGAAUGCGUGCAAGGAGCGCGGCAUUCGUAUCGGCUACACGCCGGACGUGCUCUCGGGUGCCGUCGCGGACACCACCCUCCUCCUCAUGCUGAUGAUUACGCGCCAUGCGCUGGUUGCGAACCGCAUCGUGACGUCGGGUGCAUGGCGCUUCACGCCGAUGACGCCUACGACCCUUACUGGCCCAAGCCUCGAAGGCAAGACGAUCGGCUUCUUGGGCUUUGGGAGCAUCGCACAGUUUGUCGUGCGCCGCCUCCUCUCGUUCUCCCCGGCCAAGGUGCUCUACACCACGUCCAAGCCCAAGCCGUUUGCGUUCGACAACGAGGCCUUUGCCACGCUCGCCCAGGACCCGUUCCUGCAGGCGUCGCAGGCCGCGCACGGACGUCUGCCGAUCGAGAUCGCCAACGAGCCCGCACUCGAGAAGAUGGCCGCCGAGGUCGACGUGCUGGUCGUCUUGGCGAACUACUCGCAGUCAACGCACCACAUUGUCAACGCCUCGCUCCUGUCCAAGAUGAAAAAGUCGGCCUACCUCGUGAACAUUGCGCGUGGGCCGCUCGUCGACACCGCUGCACUCGUCGACGCGUUGAAGCGCGACGAGAUUGCAGGCGCAGCGCUCGACGUGAUCGAGGGCGAGCCCAACGUGUCGCGCGACAGCCCGAUUCUCGAGCCGGAGCUGGCCGAUAAGGUGGUGCUCCUUCCCCACAUCGGCAGUGCCACGAUCGAGACGCGCGAGACCAUGGCGCAAUUUGCCGCCCAGAAUGCGCUCGGCGCGCUCGGCGUGCGUGACGACAAGCCGGACGCGAUGCCUGCUGAGCUCAAACUCUAG